UUAUUCAGUUUUAUAGGUGAUAGGAGAAAGAAUCGGUAAAACAAUGCAAAUAAUUAUAAAUUUCGGGACAAUGAAACAACAGUCAAGGAGAAAGAUUAGAAAAGGAAGAAUAUAGAUUCGUCACUACUCCACGAGUAACGGAAUCAAACUAAAAUUACCGGAAUUUAUGUCACAUUGGGAGAUGAGUUGAUUUAAAAAACCCACAUCUUCACCUAUAUAUAUGAUCACAAUAACGAGUGUAAUAUUGUCAUACCACCACGAUAAUUUGCGAGGAUGAAUUCAAUCACGGGGAUGGUGAGAAGGGAAAUCGCGAUACUCAUACUCCUAGUCGUAACCGUCGGAGCCAUAAACGAAGAUGUCGUCUUAAAAGCAGAUCAUCCGCAAGAGAUCAUCGGAGGAUGGUGGACGAAGGCGAUGGUGAGAAUUACCAACACUGAGGGUGCGAUGUUGAAGUUUCAUUGCAAGUCAAAGGACGACGAUCUUGGGGUUAGAGUUUUAGGACAUCGCCAGAGCUUUCAAUUCGAGUUCAAUCCGAACAUAUUUUUCAAGACACUGUUUUACUGUUCGUUCGAGUGGCAGAAUGGCGGCGGGGUACAUUGGUUUGAUAUCUACGUACAGACGAGGGAUUGGUUGCACUGCAAAAUUUGUGAAUGGGAAGUCAAACAAUCUGGGCCGUGCAGGCGUACUCCUGCAGAUGGUAGUUAUAAAUGUUACAAUUGGGGCAAGUAGAUCUAUACCGCAGGUAAUAUCUAAUCAAAAUCGAAUUCAUUGGUUGAUUUUAGCUACGAAAUUCUUAUAUAUAGAAAAUAAGAACAAGAAAAUAGAGGAAUAAUUUUUACUAGUUUGAUGUUUUAUUUGUGAAUAAGUUGUUUUUAGCUACAUUCUUGGUUAAUAAUUGAGUUGGAUUAUUUUAGUUUUUAAGCAUGAGUAAGUAUGAUUUAUAUACUUAUUAUAUUAAUUAGUACCAUGUUGUACAAAGCUACACCUAUCGAUUAUCGUUUUAUGUAGUAGGAUUAAUGAGUGAAUCAAAUGAUUAAUAAAUUAUGAUUUUAAGA